UAAUUACAAUAUGAGUGCAAAUUGACAGAAAGUUGUCCGCAAAAAUUCUUUUGAACUUUUGCUGACAUUUGUCAUCUGAUACCACCAGUAAAUUUCUAGCAAGUUCAGUUUCUAAGUUGAUGACAAUUUCCAAAAUGGCUACCAAGGUUUUAACCUAUGAAAAUAUUUGUAUGAUAGAAAAUGGAAAUAAGUUAUAUAUUUAGAAAAGUAUUUGCAUAUAAUAGUGACCAAUUCUAGUCAUUGGAUUAUUCAGUAAAGUUGGAAAAAAUUCAACAAUGUCACUGUCGAUGACAAAGCGUUCUUUCAUACUCGCAAGAUUUUUGCGUUAUAGUUCAACGAAAGCAACAGAAUCUACUUCUGAAACCAUAAAUAAAAACUCAUCAGUUGACAAUAAAGAAAUAGAACAUCACGAAAAAUUAUCAGAGCAAUGGUGGAACAAACAGGGACAGAUGCGUGCCUUGCAUGCAUUCAAUCCUCUACGAAUUCAAUUUAUUCGAGACGGGUUACAAAAUGUCGGGUGGACUGAAUCAAAUCCUCGUUAUCCAUUAGACGGGCUAAAAAUUCUUGAUGUUGGUUGCGGGGGCGGAAUUUUAUCCGAGGCUUUGGCGAGAAUCGGAGCGAAUGUUACAGGAAUCGAUGCCUCGAAACAAUUGAUCGAAACUGCUAAAAAACACGCGUCUUUAGAUUCAAAUUUAUCUGAAAACUUGACUUAUAUCAAUACUUCAGUCGAGGAUCACGUUAACAACCAAGCGAAAAUUUAUGACGGGGUCGUGGCUUCAGAAGUCUUAGAACAUGUUUCUAAUAAAGAUAUUUUCAUAAACUAUUGCACUAAGGCUUUGAAACCAGGAGGUUCCAUAUUUAUCACCACAAUAAAUCAAACAAUCCCAUCGUUCAUUGGUGGAAUUAUUUGUGCUGAAUAUUUAUUAAAUAUCGUACCCAUCGGUACUCAUGAAUGGGAUAAAUUUAUUUCACCUGAAAAUACUCAGCGUCUAUUAGAACAAUAUGGAUGUACUACUAAACUAACUCAUGGAAUGAUUUACAAUCCUCUAUCAAACAAAUGGCAUUGGACAUCAUCAAAAGCAAUCAAUUACGCCAUACAUGCUAUUAAAUCUGAUGAUUGAAUUCGAUAUAUUUAAUGUUCAGUUGCAAAAUUUCAUAUUCAAUUCUUAAAAUAAAUAUUA